AUGAACGACCCGCGGACAGGCCAGCCCUUCCCACCCUCGACCAUCCAGCGCGUCCUCUUCAGCUGCGGCAACGUCCACGUCUACGCCCUGCCACCGCUGACCUCGAUGAAGGGCUACCUCGCCUCCAGCUGGACCGGCAGCGGCAGCACUGGCACUGGCACUGGCACCAGCUCAGAGAUCUUCUCCGGCCGUCUGCGAGUCCUUGAAAGCGCUGUGUCAGUCCCAGUAUCAACAUCAAGCACCCACCGUACGCCCAACCGGCCCCUGGCACUGCCGGAAGAAGAAGAAGAAGAAACAAGAGAAGAGGAACGGCUACAGGUUGACAUCCUGCUUGAAGAGGGCCAGGGAGCCCAUGAGCUGUUCGCUGCUGCGCCGUACGUGGAUGCAGGAGUGGUUGAGCAGACGCUGGACUCGUCUCGCUUCUUUGCGCUGAGGGUCGAGGGUGAAGGCAAGAAGGCGGUGCUUGGACUGGGCUUUGAGGAGAGAAGCGAAGCCUUUGACUUCUCUGUUGCUUUGCAGGAGGCGAGGAAGAUUCUCUCUCCUACUUCUGCUGCUGCUGCUUCUACUUGUACCGGGGCAGGGAAGGACCUGAGCCUGGGGCCUGGAGAGAGCAUCUCGGUAGGAAAGACAGCAACAGAGACAGAAGCAAGAGAAGAGAAAGAAGAAGAGAAGAAGGCCCUUUUUUCUCUUCCGCCGCCGCCGUCAGCUUCUCCUGCUUCUACUUCUUCUUCUUCCUCUUCGUCUCGUCGACGUCCGCCGGGGCCUCCGUCCUCGACUUCUCCUGCAAUAUAG